AUGUUCUCGACGCGCUUGCUCGCCCGCUCCAGCCUGUGCCACGCUGCGUUCCCUCGAGCGAGCGCGGCGACUCCCCGCCUGUUUGCGACGACGGCGCUCGCUCGCUUCUCGCACCCGACGCACCCGGCGUUGGAAGCCUCGCCCGUUUCGCAGCAGCCUGCAUCGAAGAAUCUCAAGGACAUGGGGAAGAACGCGGCGGAGGAGGCCAAAGGCGUCGCGAGGACGGUGGCAGAGGCGAUUGCGGGGGAGGCGAACGACGUGACGAGCCAGAACGCGCCAAAGGAGAAGUUUGGCGCGGGAGACAUUGCCGCAGACAUCGCCUCGAUGAAGGAGAUUGUCGAGGACGUGCCCAAGCCGGCGAUUCGAUGGGGCGUUGCGGGACUCAUCCCGUACGCAGGGACGAGUCUUGCGAUUGUCCACUUUGCCCGCCAGGCAAAGCUCGCUGUUGAGAAUGGAGCGGAAGCCGGCUACGACCCUCAAGCCGCUUUCUCCCUCCUCGAGCACGCUCAGCUUCUGCAAGUGCAGUACGGCGCGAUCAUCAUCUCCUUCCUCGGCGCCGUGCACUGGGGUCUCGAGUGGGCCAAAUUCGGCGGCGUCCAAGGAAACGCCCGCUACCUCCUCGGUGUCGCACCUGUCGUCGCAGGCUGGGGAUCGCUCCUCAUCCCCGGCAACAUGGCGCUCGUGACGCAGUGGGCGGCGUUCUUUGGACAGUGGUAUGCCGACUCGAAGACAACUGAGAAGGGCUGGUCGCCUAAGUGGUAUGCGACUUACCGCUUCUGGUUGACCUCGAUCGUCGGCGGCUCGAUCCUCGUCUCGCUCGCCGCACGAGGCUACUACGCCGCCGACCUCGACCUCGCCAACUCGGAGAGCCAGGUCAAGAAGUUGAUGGCUGCGAGGCCGCCUGGUGCGAUUGGUGCGAAUCCCAAAGGAACGUCGGUCGAGUUGGGUGGGAUGAGGGCUGAGAAGGCGGAGGACGCGUAUGUCAAGUUCACGAACGUCGAGAAGGAACGCGAGAAGCAGAAGGAGGAGGAGGAGAAGGCCAAGAAGGAGGAGGAGGAGAAGAAGAAGGAAGAGCAGAAGAAGGAGUCGAAGAAGAGCGACAUCGCCGACCAGGUCAAGAAGGCGGAAGACAAUUGA